GAAACCCCUAGCUUUAAGCUGGAUUAGACAUGAAGUAUUAAGCCACGAAUUACAAAAAAAAGUUCACACUGAGCUCCAAUUCAUAUUUCCGUUUGGGGAAUGAUAAUCUGAAUCUCUAGCAGCAGAUCGUGAAAUCAAAGGAAGAAUGAGACAUGGUGGAUCCCGGAGGAAGAGAUCCUCAUCCUUUGUGCGAUAUGUCGUUGUUCUAUGCGCUGUCGGUGCUGCAAUUGGAUUUUUGAUGCUCAAUAUUCUUAUGAGGCUGGAAGCUCGAGAAUCAGAAUCGACCUCUGAUCAGUUUGGUAAUGGCGACGACGUUGAGGAAACUCCGGCUCAGAGUGGAAUGGAGGGAAGCCGGAGCUCCUGCGCGACGGUGGAGCAGAUGGGAGAGUCCUUUAAAGAUGGUGUCUGGAAGGAAAGCCUGAGAGUAAGAACAAUUAUUCAAAAUCACUUUUAUUUGAAUGGUGCUUCAAGAGUGCGACAACUUCCUCCUGAGCAGUUUUGCAAACAUGGUUUUGUCAUGGGCAAAUCCUCCGAGGCAGGCUUUGGGAAUGAGAUGUACAAGAUUCUAACUGCUGGAGCUUUAAGUAUAAUGCUGAACAGAUCCUUGAUUAUUGGGCAAACCAGGGGGAAGUUCCCUUUCGGUGACUACAUUUCUUAUUCUGAUAUCACGUUUACCUUGAAAGAAAUCAAGCAUUUGUGGAGACUUAACGGUUGUGUUAGGAAAUUCAAUAGGCAUUUGAUUAUGCGAAUUGAUGAUUUUGAAAAACCUGCUCAAACAAAUGUUCUAUGCAGUAAUUGGAAGGAAUGGGAGCAUCCUAUCAUAUGGUUCCAAGGUACAACUGAUGCAGUGGCUGCUCAAUUUUUCUUGAAGAAUGUACAUCCCGCUAUGAGGGCUGCUGCUUCUAAUUUAUUUGGGUGGCCAGAGGUUUUAGAAUCUAGACCUAAUGUAUUUGGAGAGCUGAUGAGAGUUCUUAUAUCUCCUUCAAAGGAUGUUGAAGAAGCAGUGAUCUCAGUCCUGAAAAGUGGGGCUGAUCCUGAUAUUUCCUUGCACAUGCGGAUGCUUAUGAAUAGGUCUGUCAGAGGUUUACAGGCUGCAGUGCAGUGCAUCAGAAAAGCCAUGCUUAAUCUAACCACAGUCUCAAAACCUAGAUUGGUUUUAGUAUCAGAUACCCCAAAUUUUGUAAAAAGUAUCAUGCUCAUCUUAGGCGAAUUUGCAGAGGUUAUUCAUUUUGAUUAUGAACACUUCCGAGGAAACAUCUCUGGAACGCACGAUGAAUUCCAUAAAUUGGACUUCAGAGUGAAGGACUGGGGCCCAUCACCAAGAUGGGUUGCUUUUGUGGAUUUCUUUCUUGCAUCCCGUGCCAAGCAUGCUGUUAUAUCUGGUGCUCACCGGCGUGUUGGUACUACCUAUGCUCAGCUAAUUGCGGCAUUGGCUGCAGCACACAAUCUUGACAAUCUCGGGAACAGUUCUACUGGUUCAGACUUUUCAUUCUUGAGUAGCUACCAAAGUAAUUUGCUGAGAGAAGGUUUAAAGAACCAGGUUGGCUGGGGGCAUAUCUGGAACAGGUUUGCAGGUCCUUUAAGCUGUCCGAGUCAGCCUAAUCAGUGUGCUUUUACCCCUGUUCUCCCUCCGGCAUGGUGGGAUGGACUUUGGCAAUCUCCCAUUCCACGAGACAUUAAAAGAAUGGAGAAUUAUGGAGUUCAUUUAUCGAGCCUCGGCAUUGUUGAUGAAGAUAGUCUACGAUCAUUCUGUAAUGCAAAGAAGAAUGUUGUGAGGACUAUCCCUUUCAUACUAUAGUCAUUUUAUGCUUCUGUCUGUCAUGUAAGCUCUAUAACUAACAUAGUCCUUAUAACUGUUCCUAAACUGUGCUUAUCUAGUCAAUGUUGGCACAGUCCAGGAAUUUGUUUCUGUUAAAUCAAAUAGCCCAAUAAAUUAUGUCUUCUUCUAUUUAUUGGGCCAUUUGAUUUACGAAACAAAAUCUUAUAUGCCGUUAAGAAUGUCUGAUUCCUUUUUUAGUCGGUUCCAUUGGAUCAAAUAGGUACAAACCGACAUUUUCCCGUUUUACUCCCGAGUUAAAAAAUGUUUAUAGAGUCGGAUGAUAGAAAAAUUAUCAUAUUACACAUUUUUUUUCUACCAA